GACCAAGGAUAUCUCGGAGAGAGGAAGCACUGGAGAGUGGAGACCUGCUCGACGCGAUAUUUUACUGCGAAUGCACACAUUUAUCUAAAUUAGCGCUUUUAUUUUUAUUUGUUUUCAUCGAGAGGGAGGAGGACGUUUACCAUGGCAGCAGUGGCUGUACUGCGGAAUGAAACACUCCAGGCUUUUCUUCAGGAUCGCACUCCAAACUCUUCUCCAGAGAACUGUAAGCACUCUCCGCUGGCUCUCCUGGCUGCCACUUGUAACCGGAUCGGGCAUCACCACGGAUCAAGCCCCACAGAUUUCCUCCAGGUCCCUUACGACCCAACUCUGGGCUCCCCUUCACGUUUAUUUCACCCGUGGACUAACGAGGGAGCUCCUCAGACCAGCCUGGGCAGCAACUCUACUUUCGGACUAUCCUCCAAGCCCCAGCUGUCCGCGCACAUCCAGAGCUCCUUCAGCUCGCACCACGAACUGCCCCUCACCCCUCCGGCGGACCCCUCGUACCCUUAUGACUUCUCCCCUGUGAAGAUGUUACCUUGCUCCAUGCAGUCUCUGCAGUCCACCUGCCCCCCCACCUACGUCCCCGCCGUCAGUUACGCAGCCCCAACUCCCAUACCGCCCGCGAUGCCAAGUUUUGUCACGGGACCGUCCGGCCUUGUGCACCAGCAGCAGAGACAGUUGUCCCCAAACCCUGGAGAGGAUAUUCCGUGGUGGAGCCUCCAACAGGGCAACCAUGUCAGCCACUCCUCCUCCCUGGGUCCCCAUCGCUUCCAGCUGCAGAGGGGCUUGGUUCUGGGACAUACGGACUUUGCGCAAUAUCAGACGCAAAUCGCGGCUCUACUGCACACGAAGUCUCCCCUCGCGACUGCGCGGCGGUGCAGGAGGUGCAGGUGUCCCAACUGCCAGUCUUCCACGUCCAGCGACGAGCCUGGCAAGAAGAAACAGCACAUUUGUCACAUACCCGGUUGCGGGAAAGUUUACGGGAAAACUUCUCACCUCAAAGCGCACCUGAGGUGGCACUCUGGAGAGCGGCCGUUUGUGUGCAACUGGCUGUUUUGUGGCAAGAGUUUCACCAGGUCGGACGAGCUGCAGAGACACCUGAGGACUCACACGGGGGAGAAGCGCUUUGUUUGCCCGGACUGCUGCAAGAGGUUUAUGAGGAGUGACCACUUGGCAAAACAUGUCAAAACUCACCAAAACAAAAAAAGCAAGUGCCAUGAAAAGACACUUGACCAUGUCAAAAGGGAGGACACGAGGAGUAUGUUGUAACACACCUUGUAGUCAUUUGAAACAGUAGAAAUCACUAGUGCAAUACAGUCAGUCCUACAUUAGUUA